AUGGCCAGAAUUCGCUGCUGUCUGGAGAGACGCGACCAAACUUCUUGCAACCUACAGCUGCCAGGCUUCAAUCCAAAUCGCCGAGACGAUCGGUUGCUGGAUGCAGAGGUGACCGCGCGGCGGCAUCCACGGCCGCAGAAACCCGCGGAAGAUGAUGAUUCUGACAGCGAGGAGCUAAUCAACACUGAGCCAGAGUUCGUCCUCAGCAUGGAGAGCGACUCCCGCGUGGACUGGCUACAGAUGGCUCUCAUGCAAGCAGCCGAAGGAAAGCUGAAGGCUGCUGCGCUCUACGAGGCCAUGUUGACUGCCAACCUGCACCUCUUCAGUGCCAAGCACAAAAAGGUCCUGGAAGAAGCCGCGAACAGCUGGGGCUCUGAGGGCUCAAAGAGCAACAAGGCACGACGUGCAAGCAGCAGCGAUAGCAGCAGCAGCAGCAGUAGCAGCUCAAGUCGAAAAGUGAGCAAAAAAGAG